GCACCCAACAUCAUGUGCGUCUAUGGCAGAGAUCAUGUCUGUGCUCUUUUUCCACACAAUGCGCUACAAGCUCUCGUCUCCCAAGGAUGCCAGCUCAGACAGGUUCAUUCUGUCCAAGGGGCAUGCAGCUCCCAUCCUCUAUGCUGCAUGGGCUGAGGCAGGUCUGUUCCCCACUGAGGAGCUGAUGAACCUGCGUAAGAUUGACAAUGAUCUUGAGGGCCAUCCCACCCCCCGCCUCAACUUUGUGGAUGUAGCCACUGGCUCACUGGGCCAGGGUCUCUCUGUAGCUUGUGGCAUGGCCUAUGUGGGCAAGUUUUAUGACAAGGCCUCCUACAGAACCUACUGUCUCAUUGGUGAUGGUGAAAGUGCUGAGGGUAGCAUCUGGGAGGCUUUGAGCUUUGCAGGAAUCAAGAAGCUGGACAAUCUGGUGGCCAUUUUUGAUAUCAAUCGUCUUGGUCAGUCAGAGCCCACUGCCUUCCAGCAUGACAUGGAUGCUUACCGCUCUCGCCUCGAAGGUUUUGGCUGGAAUACCUUGGUUGUAGAUGGCCAUGAUAUUGAAGCUAUCUGCAAGGCAUUCCAUGAAGCUUCUCAGACAAAGGGCAAGCCCACAUGCCUGCUUGCCAAGACAUACAAAGGCAAAGGCUUCCCUGCCAUUGAAGAUGCAGAGAACUGGCAUGGCAAACCCUUGGGGGCCAAAGCAGAGGAAGUAAUUUCUGCCAUUGAAGGUCAGAUAAAAAAUCCGGGACCAAACAACCUUGUACCUCAGAAGCCACUCCACGAAGACGCACCUAAAGUUGAUAUAAGCAACAUUAAACUAGCCAGCCCUCCAAAGUACAACAAAGGUGACAAGGUAGCCACAAGACAGGCAUAUGGUACUGCCCUCUCCAAGCUUGCUGAGAACAACCAAAGAGUAAUUGCGCUUGAUGGUGACACAAAGAACUCAACUUUCUCCAAUGCCAUGUUGAAGACAGAUCCUGCCAGGUACAUUGAGUGCUUCAUUGCUGAACAGAAUUUGGUUGGAGUUGGAAUUGGAGCAGCUUGCCGAGACCGUACUGUUGCUUUUGUCUCUACCUUUGCUGCAUUCUUCACUCGUGCAUUUGACCAGUUGCGAAUGGGUGCUAUUUCUCAGACCAACAUCAACUGUGUGGGAUCUCAUGCUGGCAUCAGCAUUGGUGAAGAUGGCCCAAGCCAGAUGGCACUGGAGGAUUUGGCAAUGUUCCGCAGCAUUCCCUCAUCCACUGUCUUCUACCCCUCGGACGCUGUGUCUACUGAGCGUGCCUGUGAGCUUGCUGCCAACACUCCUGGUCUCUGCUUCAUUCGUACUUCUCGCCCAGGAACAGCUGUUGUCUAUGACAAUGAUCAUCAGUUUGAAAUUGGCAAGGGUAAUGUAAUCAAGUCGUCAGGCAGUGACAAGGUGCUGGUGAUUGGUGCUGCCAUCACCUUGAGGGAAGCCAUGACUGCUGCUGAUCAACUGGCUUCUGAGGGAAUCAAUUUACGUGUCAUGGAUCUCUUCACCAUUAAGCCCAUUGACAAGGAUGGCAUUAUCAAAAAUGCUCGUGAGUGUGGUGGCCGUAUCAUCGUCGUGGAGGACCAUUAUGCAGAAGGUGGCAUUGGAGAAGCAGUCCUGUCAGCUGUUGCAAUGGAGCGUGACAUCAUCAUGAAACACCUUGCUGUCCCACGUAUUCCUCGAUCUGGAAAGUGUGACGAACUCCUGGAAAUGUUUGGCAUCUCUGCUUCUGCUGUUGUUAAGGCUGCCAAAGAGAUAUCUAGCCUUUAAAUUACACUUUUUGUCUCAGAUUGUACUAUGUUAUUUGCAUCUAGCAGACAUAUAUAUGCUUCCCAGUUGAUGAAAUUGUUAAAAGACAAAAAAAAUAUCAUGGUAAUGUCUAUAUUUAUGUCAGCACUUCGUGUAAGGUAGUGGCAAGUCUGUGAAGGUGCUUUUAGAAGGUAACGAUUGUCAUCAAUUUAUUGGAACAUUCCUACAGGAAACAAAACAUUCCAUUUUUGAAACUGCAGCCAGGUUUACAAAUCCAUUAUAUCUUUAAUUUGUUUGUGAUUUCCAAGAUUUUUCAUUUCUGUUUCAAGAAACUAGAUCAUUCCAGAGAACAUGAAAUAUUCCAUUACCUGCAUUGUCAGGACACAUUCCAGUUGGACUUUAAGGCCUAAAUUUUGUUUUGCGAACAAGAUCAGGUUGUUUACACAAUGACAGUUUCUUUAAUAAUUCUUGAAAAAGGAUUGAUGUAUGGUAGUUAAUGCAUGUAAAAGUGACUAAUGCUAGUUCUUUGAAGAAUGUGAUUGGUAAGCUAUUAGUUUUGUGAAACUAAGAAAUGUUAAUUGUAUUGAAUGUAAGAUAAUUGAUGUUUAUUAGAGAUAAUAAUUCACAUGUCUUAAUGCUGGAUGCACUUGUAUUAUUUUUCAUGCAAGGAAAGCAUUAAUUUUUCCAGUUUUUUUGUUUAUGAAGAAAUUUAUUGUUUUGUUAUUGAUGAAUAUUAUAAGGCGUAGAUUUGCCAUGAAGUGGAAUAAACGUACAGAUUUA